UUAUUAGAAUAAACAAGGGUCUAAAAUGAUGACUCUUCAAAUAACAUAACCACUGGCGUUGUCUGAUUUGGACCAAGACUACAUUAGACAUAGACUCUUCAACCAAAACCAAAAGCAAAAAGGUUAAAGCUUAGCUAACUAGCAAAAUUUCUUGAUUAAAUCAAAUCUACCUUAGCUUAAUAUUACCUCCAUGCUCAUGUUUUUCUACCCUCAUUCCAACAACCUCUGAUCUUUUUUAUCUGUAAGGAUUCGUUUUCUAUUAUAGGUUUUGAGAUUAUGAUCAUCAUAAAUACCUCAAAAUAUGUCAAGAAUCAUUUGCUUCACAAAUAUCUCAAUACUCCUGUUGUGAUUAGCCGAUGAAUAACUAUCUAACAUGGCAAGUAUCGCAUACAGAGAUCAAGAGCUAGAAGAGAGCUUCUCAUUCAGCAGCUGCUAUGACUUCAACUCCUCAUCAUUCCAGUCCAUUUUCUCCGAUGAAAGCGACGAUGAAUCCUACAUUGAGAUAGCCCUUGAACAGAAGAAUUAUCAUGGAGAUAUUGAUGACCGGGCUGAUGAGGAAAUGGAGCUCCGUAUAUCAUUUUCUUCUAGUGUUCCUUUCCAAGAACCCUCCACCACAACAACCAGCAUUGAGUAUGAGUCUCCUGCGACAAUGUCAAAGUCUCCAUCGUCAUCAACAACAACAACAACAACAUUCACUAUGAACUCUUCUUCUCCUUCCAAGGAGGGUGAUCAAUUGGAUACUCAAACGGGGUCCAAGGCUUCUAAUUCUAAUUGUAGAAUCCAAAAGACCAUUAAAAGGAAGGCUCAGUUUCCUAAAGUUAACGGUUUUCUCAAUAUGUUAAAGCCCAGUUUAACGGUAUCAUCAGAGGCCAAUGAUGAAAAUGGCGGUCCGGCUAACAGCAGUCACUUGGAGCUUGUACGCCCCAGCACGAUGAAAGGAUCGAAGGAAACAGCAAUGAACAGCAGUGGCAUCAUGAUGAAGUUCUUGGUCAAGUUUCGAACCUUGAGAAUUCGGACUUUGCUCGCAUCAUUUAUGAAGUCUCGCCAAGAAAUUAACUUUCCCCGAGAAAAGAAAAACAUUGGGACAUAUCAUACGUUGAUAAAGCCUUUUGACAACUGGUUAGUGCGAAAAGGACAAGGCAGCGGCAGCAACUCGAACAACCCUUUCGGAAAUGGUGACAGGUCAAGAGUUAUGGAGAAGAACUUGGAUGCAAUUAGAGGAGUUUUGGAAGCAAUGAGUACUAGCAUUGGUGGGAAAGAUAGAAAAUCUAAAAGUUGUCCAAGUUCAACAAAAUCCUCCCCAACUCACCUGGGUUUCUCGAGUGGAAAUCAGAAUCACAAAAUAUGUGGUCAGGACAACUCAAUCCAGGCUGCUAUUGCUCAUUGCAAGAGAUCAUUAGGCCCAAAUAUUUUGUGAUUUUAUUUUUAAAUUUCUCCUUUCUGCAUGUUGAAAUUCAUGUACGGAAUCACCAGCUUGAUUUAACAAAACAAGGUGUUCUCCAUAUCUGAGAUGUUCA